AUUCGUGAUUCUGUAUCUGAACUUCUGAAGCGUUCAUUUCCGGACGAUAUAAAAUGUACCUCAUCCUAAUUCAACCAGACAUUAAAAACUUUUCGCAAAACACAAAAUAUAGAAUAAGCAUUUCACGGCGACCUGCAUAUUUCUUUUUUUUAAAUAGCAAUAGAUCAAAGAUGAUCGAAACAAAAUCAAUGGAACAAUUUGCCUUUACUCGUCCAAUACACACACUGCCUGAAUCAUUUCCAGUACAGACUGCGAAGAAUAGAAUGACUAGUAUGAAGGACUUUAAAAUCGAGUACGAGCUUGGUAGGGGUAGUUACGCAGUGGUAUAUGCAGCAAGGCAUCGCGCCACGGGUCUCACAGUUGCCAUCAAGGCCAUUGACAAGCGAACGAGUGAAUCUGAGCGUGUAAGUGCGGAGGUGAUGGCUAUGUCUCUCUGCACAGGCCAUCCUGUAGUGGUCAGGUUAUAUAAUGCCUUCGAGGAUGAUGAUUUCGUCUACCUAGUGAUGGAGAUGGUAGCUGGUAUAACACUCCAUGAUUACAUCAAACGAAACGGAAGAAUUGGAGCACCACAAGCACGUCGUUGGUUCAGACAAUUGCUGUCGGCAAUAGCAUACUGCACCGAGCGUGGCGUUGUUCACAGAGACAUAAAAAAUGCGAAUAUCAUGAUUGAUGAAGAUACCAUGCAAAUGAAACUAGUAGACUUUGGCAUGGCCGUUGUUAUCAACGAUGCAGAAACGGAUUUGAUCCACUUACCUUCGGGAAGUCCGGUAUUCGCUGCACCCGAAAUAUAUUUUGUUUCGCGAGGCGAAGGAUAUAAAGCACAACCGGCCGAGCUAUGGAGUGCAGGUGUAGUUUUGCAUUCCAUGUUGAAUGCUAGUUUGCCGUACGACAUCGAAACAUACACAAGUACAUGGUCAACUUACCUUCCACCGAGGUAUGCAUCAUCGGAAGCCAAGCAUUUAUUAACUCGUAUGUUCCCGUUCAGAAUCAGGGAUAGAUACACAUUUACCCAGGUUCUUGAGCAUCCGUGGAUGACGGUGGACGAAGACCAGCCCCUAUUCUCGGCAAGUUUGGGUGUCUUCGGGAUGAUUUCUCCUCGAGGGAAUGCGUUCGUAGAGGCUGAUAGUAAUACAUCACUGUUUUUCGAGGAUAAUGAAGGUCUCAUAGAUAUACAAUUAGACUCGAAAAAUACAGUCAAAUCUAGGCAUCACAUGGGAGGGUUAAAGUAUAUUGCUUCAAACCUAAAAUCCAAGGCGGCCCGCUCGUUCUCCCUCUCGCAAAAGAAUGUGGCGCCUACCUUGUCGAGGUCAUGUAUAAGGGCAGAUUCUCCGAAGUCAGAACCGUUGUCAACAAUUAAUCGAAGUGCAUCGCCUCUACAAAGACUUAGAUCGAAAAAUCAAGCGGCACUGCACGCCGCAAGUUUCACCGAUCCGGCUGCUCUACAAUAUACAGUGCAGUUUAUGGCUAGGGCCGGCUUCAGUAUACCGGAUAUAAAGGAUACCAUCGAUAGGCGCGGCAGCGGACAUGCGUUCGCAGGGCGAACUGAAAGUGACUUGGCAUUCGAUCUCAUCCUGGACAGUCGGAUACGGGCAGCAAGUUUGCUGCAGGUUGAUAGCAUAGCUGCCAUGAACAAGCUUUCCAAGUUGAGAUCCCCUCAUAACUAUUCAUUUGCCGAUCUUAACAUGGUCAGUGAGUAGUUCGAGUAGGAAGAACAUCUGUCCAAGCGCUAAACGGAUAUGAUCAUUUAACACGUCAUAAUUACAACUAUUUGCAGACAAAUAAAUAUAGAAAGUCCAUCAUUAUCAGACCAGACCUCGAACGCCGGUCACAAAAUGUGUAUGAGAGUUCGAUCGAGCUUCGAACUACCACAGUGAAAAUUAUUUUAAAUUAUUUGAAUUCUUCGAUGUAGAAGUGGUAUCGCAAGUUAUAGUUAUACAUAAAACCACCAUGGGCGCUUGCCUAGAGAAAAAAAAAAGCCAUUAUGUAACUGCAUUUAUCGGGAAGGCAUCGAUGCGGGCGAUGGUUUUUGACAUCUCGCAGCCGGACUGAUGAGACACAGAGAGAGAAAGUUUGGGACAAUCAAAAUGGAAAGUAUCAUAAAAAUAGUAUACUUCGGCUAAAUAUGUGGUCUGAAUUCAACAACUACAGAGUGCAACUUUGCAGGUCGACAAUACGGCUACGUAAACUCUAGAUUGCUCGAUUGAAUGUUUGGUAAACGGACCUCGAAAACAAGGUUACUCGAUUGUAAGUUUGGUAUACGGGAAUAGGUAGUGGGGUUAAUCAUCAGAUUAUCAUACAGCAUGUGAAGCAAACGUCUACGGUGAGCUGCAGGCUUGCAGCGUUCGGACACAUUUGUGCUACUAUAGAGUGGCGAAUUUUAUGGUGUACGUCGUGGGAUCAAUAAGAAUAACUGUUCAAUUUCGGAGGCUAGGAAUAACGAGGAAAGGGAAUUAUGAAAAAUUUAAAAAAAAAUGCGUACAUAGGCCCAUAGCGGCAUAGCCUUCUAUAAAUCAAACAAUUGGCCAAUAAUGAAUAUUGUUUAAAAAAAAACUAUAUGCGGAGUUGGGGAAGCGCCGAAACGAACUAUUCCAAGUUAAAAACAUUAUUAUUGGCACUGUCUCAGUGUCUCUGACGUGAGUCGUGACACGGACCACAGAGUGGCAGUCUGGCUUUGCUUUUAGAAAAUACGGAUAACUGAUGAGUCACAGUCCAGAGUCCAGUCACUCCAGACUUAAGUCCGUGAGUGACCAACUGACAACUGAGUCACUGACCACUGAGUCUGACCAUUGUGAUCGUCUGUGACCACCGAGUCACUGACACUGACCACUGAUCAGUGAAUGAGUGACUGUCACGGUGUCAACAGUGAGUCAGUGACCACCGACCAGCGACUAAUUUAGCUCGCAGCUGUGCACUGGUGUCUGGUGGUACAGACUGUCACUGCAGUUGGCACUUGGAACCGGGCACCGAGUACCGAGCACCGAGUACCGAGCACCGAGCAUCGGAGUAUAUUUUUGUACAAAAUGCUACAUAGGUCACAGCUCUACAUAUAUGGUUUGAUUAAAGACAAAACAAAACAAAAAAAUAGUAAUAAAAGGUACUAAUUUUAUAUAUAUUCUGUUUUGUUGAUAUAAAUCAUAUAAAAUAUGUAGGGCUCUUUAAAUAUUACUC